AUGUUGCAUACAAUUGCAAGAGAAGUCUUGUAUAUCAUUUGCAGUUAUCUUUCCGGAAAAGAUACCAUCAACUUGGCAAAGUGUAAUCACGCAUUACAAGUGGCAUUGGAAGACGAAUACGUUUGGGCUCAAAUGACAAAGACUCGAUUUCCAAAGCUAUACAAAGAAACACUCCUCUUGGAUGAUGUACCACACCAUUGGCGGAAACUCUACAUGGAAAAUGACCAACUUCGAAUGUCCGUUGCAAAGCAGAUGGCCAUUACCCAUGUGCGACUACCUUACUGGCAACGCUUAGAAUCAAAGGAGAGCAUGUAUGAAGCCACAGCAAGACUGCAUUCCGUAUGCUGGUUUGAUGUCAAUGGUAUUUUACAAGGUGUACCACAAGGAUCGUAUCGAGUCCAAUGGCGGAUGCGAGUCUCUUUAUCAGCUCGAUGGAAUGAGCCAUUGGAUUUUACUGUUUCUGUCAUGGAGGCAAAUGGAUUGACACAUGCAUACACGACACCGGAUGAUUUUUACAUUCGAGAAGAUAUCCUCACCAACACCUGGAUCCUGGUGACUUUGCCCGGAGAAAUUCAUGUCAAAGAUUGGUUUUCCAAUGUACGAGUAUCACAUGAGAAAAAGACCAAUCAUUGGAAAUCCGGCAUUGAGCUGGAUUGGGUCAAACUUUUACCUUCACACGAAGCACCAAGCCGUGGUUUAACGGUGGAGUAUGAGUCCCGCUAUCCUUUUUAUUGGAGACAUCGCUCCCGAUCCCUUCGUGAUUUAUCAUUAGCUUCUUCUUCAGCUUCGGAUGAUCCUAUAGAAGAAUACUCCUCUGUAUUCAAUGAUCCAAGUCUACUUGAACCAUCCUUGUACUGA